AUGCUCCCCAAGGACUCGAAGAUGGUGUGCAGAAUGGCAAACGCGCGCGAGAUGUGGAGGUCUUUCGAGCAAGACAAGACCAAGCGAGCAUACGCCAGUGAAAUUCGACUACGCAGUAAGUUGUACACCACCAAGUUCUCCUCCGGUGAGGACAUGGAGAAGUAUUUGGAGAAGUUGGAGGACAUGAGGCGUCAAUUGGCUAAUAUGAAUGCAGCCAUCACUGAUGAGGAGAUGGCGAGGAUAAUACUGCAAGGUAUGGCGGAUUCUCACCGCAAUGUCGUU